AUGGCCGCUUCAGAAGAAAUCCCACGAAGCAAAGACUCUCAAGGGGAUGCUGAGAAAGGAAUGGUGGUGAAUCAUGUCGUGAAAGAAACUGAGGAUCAUCUGAAUCUUCCUGAACGAAAUGACUCGGACAAUUUCCAAGGGGGCGUGAAACGUGUGAGAGCAAUUACCUCGGUUUGGUCCACCAAGACCUUGAUUCUGACUUUUAUUCUCCUUUAUCUUGUCUCGUUUGCAGAUGCACUUCUCACCUCUGUCCAGACGUCUCUGAACCCCUAUGUUACCUCAUUCUUCAAUCAACAUGGCCUUCUGGCUGUCGUCGGCGUUGUCUCCACUAUCCUCGGUGGCUCAUCAAAACUCACUCUCGCGAAGAUAGUUGAUAUUUGGGGUCGUGUCGAGGGUUUCCUCUUCAUGCUUUUCUUAAUCACCAUCGGGUUGAUUGUCAAGGCCACAUGCAAUAACGUGCAAGCAUAUACUGCGGGACAUACAUUGUAUUGGGUAGGUCAUAUUGGAAUCCUGUAUGUUGUCGAAAUCAUGAUUGCCGAUAUGACCUCGCUCAAAAAUCGAAUGACGAUAGUCGGUCUAAUGGGAACCCCUGGAAUUGCCACAACCUUCGCAGGCCCCAGGAUCGCCGAUUCGUUCUGGACUGAUUUGAACUGGCGAUGGGCAUUCGGGUCAUUUGCUAUCAUUCUGAUUGGUGUUUGCCUUCCAGUCUUUGCUUUGAUGAUGGUAUUACAGCGGAAAGCGGAGAAGAGUGGAGUUUUGAAGAAAGAGAAAUCCACAAGAAAAUGGUGGCAGUCUAUUGGUCACUACGCCAUUGAGUUUGACAUCCUUGGAAUCAUUUUGAUAACGGCAACAUUUUCCCUCAUUCUUCUACCAUUCAGCAUCGCCGCGUAUGCCCCCAAGGGGUGGGCUAGUGGAUACAUAAUCGCCAUGGAAGUCCUUGGUGUGGCUUGUGCCCCUGCAUUUUACUGCUGGGAACGGUUCUUUUCUCCCGUGCAAUUUCUCCCAUGGAAGUACUUAAAAGAACCAACAAUCAUUGGGUCGUGCUGUUUAUAUUGCAUAAUGUUUGCCUCGAUCUUCAUUUGGAAUGCCUAUCUCAGCUCAUAUCUUCAAGUUGUGAACAGACUGAGCAUCGAAACGGCCAAUUAUGUUGUCUCUGCGAUGUCUUUGACCUCUUUCAUAUUAUCACCCAUUAUUGGAGCAAUUAUCCGAUUUACUGGAGACUUCAAGUGGACUACCAUGGUUGGUAUUCCGAUUUUCCUUCUUGGAACUGCUCUCCUCAUCCCAUUCCGUCGACCAGAUACCCAUGUUGGCCUCAUUACUUUGACUCAAGUUUUGGUUGGUGUGGGGUCUUGCAUAUUCUCAGCUUGCGGUCAACUUGCUGUCAUGGCAGUGGUUAGUCACCAAGAGAUAGCGGUUGUCACCGCUGUCUGGGGCUUGUUUGGUUCUAUCGGUGCUGCGGUCGGCUUUGCCAUUGCUGGUGGGAUGUGGAACAAUAUCCUUCAGAGCCAGAUCUACGCAAGACUACCGGAGGAAAGCAAGCACUUAAGUGCAAGCAUCUUUUCGAGUCUGGUGACCCAAAUGUCAUAUGAAGAUGGCACCGCAGAGAGAGCCGCGAUUGUUGGUGCAUAUGGUAAUGUUCAAAGAAAAAUGGUCAUUGUGGGAGUUUGUCUCACGCCGAUCUGUGUUCUUUGCACUUAUUUCUGGCGUAACGUCAACGUCAAAAAGCUUCUGAAAGAGCAGACAGCUGGUAAUGUCUGGUAA